CACCUCAGCAAUUUUAGGAUAAGUUAAAGGCAGGAGGGUGCUAAAAUGGAAAGCAGAUGCUUCGAGUCUCCACGAGAUUGCUAAGGUUCUAGACGACCAAACAGAAAACCUUUUCACAUUUGAAGAAACCACAGCGUGGUGAUCAGUUGACUUGCAAUCUGAAAUCAUGGCGGCUCCUACGACAUCUCUACACGAAGAACUGUUGUCCCGAUCGAUUUCCUCCACUGCUGGAGAAUCAUUCCUGUACGCGUUCAUUGUAUCUGUAGGCACUGUUGGUAACUUUGCAGUUCUUCUAGUCUUGUACAAAAAUCAUCGUCUCCGGAACAUUCCCGCGUAUUUUGUUGUUUCCUUGGCGAUAUCUGAUAUCAUAAUGCUGGAUUUGUGCGCGCCAUUUUCAAUAGCAGUACUUAUGACUGGCGACUGGUUAUUUGGAGACCUACUCUGCCAGAUUCAAGGUUUCAUCGUCAUGUUGGUCGCCUGUGCUUCGUUAGGAACACUUGCUCUAGUUGCGAUAAACAGAUAUUUUCAUAUCGUCAAAACCUCACAGUACAGAGUUAUCUUCACUCCAAGGAACGCAGUCCUCAUCAUACUCGGUGGAUGGGCAUCUGCCUUUAUCACACCUUUGACUUACACUGCGGCUGGUAAAGAUUACGUAUUCCAACCUGGAAAGUUCUUUUGUUUCAUGGAAUCGAAGUUCACUUUGCUCGUGCUACCCUUUUACGGUUUUAUUGCCAUCUCAAUGUUAAUUCUCAUCGUAUGCUACCUGAGUGUGUUCAAAGCGUUGAAAGCCCAUGAGAAAAACGUUGCAAACAAUCUUCGGAAAGGAAACACCCGCCAAAUAGUAAUUUCGUUGGAAGAUAUCAGGGUCACCAAGAUUUUAUUUGCUACUGUGGUAGGCUUCGUCCUGUGCUGGACACCAGUACUGGUGAUUGACAUUGUCGAUGCAUUUCUUGGGUCGGAAUGGGAGCUAACCCGUGGAACCUAUUACAUGUAUACCAUAUUUGGUAUUACAAGUUCCGCCAUUAACCCUAUAAUUUAUGGAGUCAUGAAUCCUUCCUACAGGAAAGCUUAUUGCCGGUUAUUCGGAUGCCGCCGAGUAGGUCGCGUCGGAGAUGUGACAACUACCCAGGGACCGGAGCUGACGAAACAUGAAUUGAUCCCGCCAGCAAACGACGAUUCGUCAAAGACUUAUUCACAGCAGAUCCCACGAUCUGUUCACCAGGUUCCUUCUUCUGAUCAAGAGUGAGAGGGUAAUACGAAAGCCCCACUAAGGCAAAAUUAAGUUAAACUUUUAUCAAAAUUUACAAGACGAGCUGGCGUUUUACAAUGCAGCUAAAAAGUUCAAAAUAAUCAGGGAACUGUGUGGUAUGCUGAUCAAGCACGAACUCCACAAAAAUCGAAUCCACGGAAAUCAGAUCAACCAUGAAAGUUUUUUGGUCUUCAAAGCGUCUCUGUUUCGAAAAAGUGAGAGAUAAAAACAAACAAACGUACAAUCAUAAGCGAAAAAAAAUGCGAAUAAGAAGGGUUUACGGACUAGGCAAUUCAAGCCAAGAGAAAUCAUUUAAUGUGAAGUAAAGACACGAAACACUAAAAAAACGGCCCUGAUUUAUAUCCCCAAACGUAAACGUCCCCUUUAUUAUGCAUCAUAAUACUCAUAUCCUACGAUGCGAUGUUACAAGUAAUGUUUACAGGGGUUAAAAAGGGGCAUUAAGCCCUUACUCGUAUGCUUUAUUACUUACAAAAGUUAGAUAUGAAGUACCAAGCUAACAGUACAAGACAUGGGUAUUAGGCCCUCUGCAUAGCCAUGUAACUUGGUUUGGUAAACACAUAAAACUGUCGCGGUAAGAUUAACUAUAAUUAACAAUUUUGAAGCCACUGACAAAUAAGUGCAAGAUUUAAUCGUUAAAUACAAAAGUUAACAAGACUUGCAAGGUAACAAAAGUUAGUCUCUAGAAUGGACAUCUUUCGAAACGCCCCCACCAUCGAGCAGCUCAAAAAUCUCGCUUUUAAUCGUAAAUGGCCUCAAAAUUCGAAAUUCUGUUUUUAAUUUCGUACGCAAGGUCACUUGACUUGGAAAUACAACGAUAUUUAUCUGAGAAGGAAAAUAAUAAAAGCUCUA